UUAAGUAAAUAAAAAUUGAACUGAAAGGUAGGCAAUAUCAUUACAUUCUUCAAAUAAAUAUUUAAAUAAAAAAUCGUUUAGCAUAACAACACUCGUCAUUAUUGAGCAGCCCCGUUAUCAUGCAAAUGAUGCGGGACGAGCGGCUGAUGUGUCAUGCCCUUUUAAGAAAAAUGAGAAAUAGUCGGGAGUGACGUCUGCUGCGCACAGAGGCCGGAGGCAAACUGACACUUGCGGAGCGGCGAGAGACAGCGAGCGAGAAACGACUGUUGGGCUGCCCGGUGAAGCAAACCCGCCAUGCGUGAAUACAAGCUAGUGGUGUUAGGCUCUGGAGGUGUGGGCAAGUCCGCUCUGACAGUUCAGUUUGUACAGGGAAUCUUUGUGGAAAAAUAUGACCCUACAAUAGAAGACUCGUACAGAAAGCAAGUGGAGGUAGAUGGGCAGCAAUGUAUGCUUGAAAUUCUUGACACAGCAGGCACAGAGCAGUUCACAGCGAUGAGGGACUUGUACAUGAAGAACGGCCAAGGCUUCGCCCUGGUAUACUCCAUCACAGCACAGUCCACCUUUAACGACCUCCAGGACCUGAGAGAACAGAUUCUACGAGUAAAGGACACAGAGGAUGUGCCGAUGAUCUUGGUGGGCAACAAGUGCGACUUGGAGGAUGAGCGUGUGGUGGGAAAGGAACAGGGCCAGAACCUGGCCAGACAGUGGAACCACUGUGCCUUUUUAGAGUCCUCUGCUAAGUCAAAGAUCAACGUCCUCGAUAUCUUCUAUGACCUGGUCAGACAGAUAAAUAGGAAAACGCCAGUGGAAAAGAAGAAGGCAAAAAAGAAAUCCAAUUGUGUCCUGCUUUAAAGUCUCCCCUCCAGCCCCUGCAGCAGCAGCUCUGAGCCAGAAAUGCUGUAAUGAAGAACUGUUGCCCUGAUUGGAACGUGCCAGCAUUCCAACAGCCCCUCCCCUCCCCACCCCCAUCCCCUCCCUCCAUCAGCCAUAAACGGUGAAUCAGCUGACUGAACUGCUCCUAUCAAAGAAGAGGAUGAUCUACACCAGAGAGAGUGAAUAAAGAGAUGGAACACUCUGGUCUCUCACCUCUGAGGACCUUCCUCUGUGUGUUUCAGUGUGAACCUGAACGAACAGUCUCCAUUUUCUGCACCAACAAACACCACAAACUGAUGAUGAUGAUGAUGAUGAUGUUAAAAAGCCUCUGAAAGUUUUUUUAAAAAGUGUCCAUGAGCCGCCUACAUGGCCAGAGUGCAGCCCCCUUAUUUUCAUUUUUUGACAGUUCAACAAAAG